UCUUUUUCUAUUCUAGUAAAGGAAGGGGGUGAUGGAGGAAUUAAGUGGAGGUGCAGAAAUGAAGAGGAUGAAGAUGAAAGUGAUGGUAGCAAUAGACGAUAGUGAUGGAAGCUUGUAUGCUCUUAAAUGGGCACUUGAAAACCUCUUCAAUGCUAUGACUAGUAUGAAAGAUAAUGCAACAAGUUCUGAAAAUGAGGGAAUGGUUUUUCUUGCUCAUGUGGAACCUAAUUUUCAAAACUACGUGCAUGCUAUUGGACCAGGAGGUGCCGCUUUUUAUCCAGCAUCUGCAGUUGUGGAUUCAGUGAAGAAAGCCCAACAAGAAAAAUCUGUAGCUAUUCUUUCGAGAGCUUUGCAAAUGUGCAAGGAUAAGCUGGUAAAAGCAGAAAGUGUAAUUCUAAAUGGAGACGCAAGGGAAAUGAUUUGUCAAGCUGCAGAACAAAUGCAAGUUGAUCUCUUAAUUAUGGGUAGUCGUGGACUAGGCACACUCAAAAGAGCAUUUCUUGGAAGUGUAAGCGACUAUUGUGCACAUCAUGCGAAAGCACCUAUUCUCAUUGUGAAACCACAAGAGGAGCAACAUAAAAACCACUCUUAGUUUUAUGUUUAAGAAUGUCUUUUAAUGCAAAACAGGAUUUGUAUCUUUUAAUAUCUUUUUUCAAAUAAGACUAGGUGGGUAAUUUUCUGCACUUUUUUGUAACUAAUGAUGAAUUACUGAAAGAAACUCGUGUAUUUAUGUGAA